AGGAGAAAAUUAUACAUGACCUGAUGAAACAGAGAGCAUAUGAUAUUAGAAAGCUCCACGAACAGAAACGAAAGGUAGAACAGAAUCUAGAAAAUUUAACCAUUGAAACUAUAAUGAAAGUCACAGACACUAAAAAUCGUGAUGCAGAAAGACUACAAAAAUGUGUACAGAAGCAAAAAAACUUGUCAACAGAUGUGAAAAUACUAAGAACUGAUAUAGAGCAGAAAACAGAAACUUGUCAAAGAUCUACAUUGUUCAUUGCUAUAAAGAAGAAUGAGAAGCAUUUACACAAGCUCAAAGAAGAUCUUAAAGAAUUAAAAGAAGACAGCAAAAUAAGUAGAUACUCUAUUCAGACAAAGACGGCAGGUCUUAUGGAUGAAAGUCUCGGAUUAGAGAACCAGUACUUCUUUUGCAUUGAAAUUCCCGAAUCUGGAUUGGGGAAAUCUGAAAAUAAGAAAACUGCAACUUUUGAAUAUGAAAUUACACCAAAAAGAAAGGAAAAUAAAACAUUAUCUUGUUCAAGUUUAUGUAUACCAUCAGAAAAUCAUCUCCUAGUUGCUGAUUACAACAACAGUGCAAUUUUAUACUUUCAGAAUCUGCAAGAUAACAAGGAUUCUUUUACUCUGCACAAAAUGUCAUCCGGUCCCUGGGAUAUGACUGCAACAGAUGAAAACAAAGUAGCCGUAACAUUUCCAGAUCAAGGGCAGUUCAAAAUUAUAAACAUUUCUAAACUAAAGCACAGGCGUCUCAGUCCGCUCAAACCAUUACUGAAAUCAGAAGAAAUCCUUGCAGAAAUCAAGGUUGGGAAAAGCUGUCAUGGAAUUACUAACUGUGAAGGAACUCUUAUUGUUUCGUACAUAAACCCAGCCAAAAUCCAGAUAAUGGACAUGAAUGGAUACAUUCUGAAAACUUUUGACAAGGAUUACACAAACAAACCACUGUUUUCCUCUCCAAUGCAUAUUGCUCUUGAUACAGAAAACACAAUCUUAUAUGUGUCUGAUAGUGAAAAAAACACCAUUACGGGUAUGACCAUUGAUGGCAAGGUCAAAUCUAUCUACAAACCUAAACCAUUGUUUCGACCAACUCAAAUAGCAACGGAUGGUUCCGGAACACCAUUUGUUUGUGGACACAAGUCUAACAAUAUCCACGUGUUAUCUUCUGAGAAACUACACAUGGAUAUACUAGUGCAAGGCCGAGGGAUCUUGCAACCAACAAGUCUCGCAUAUUGUAAGACAAACAACAAGCUCUUUGUUGGCAUGACAACAAGCCAGGUAAUCAGGGUGUUCAAAAUAUCAACUGACAAAUAAUCAGCUGCCAAGUUAAUCUUGCAUACUAGGAUAUUUGUUACCAUGAAACAUUCAUUUUGCAAUAAAUAUCAAUCAUUGCAUGGGAAACAGACGAUGGGCGUAAAUAAGAAUGACACAGACAUCUUGUGACAUCAUAAACAUGUGCAUCACAUGAAGUUCCAUUUCAUUUUAUUAUUUACAGCAUAUCUCAAACUUCUUGUUUUGUUACAAAGA